UCACUGCUGUUUUUAGGCCAUACUUGUGAAUUUCAGUCUGCGACAAGUGACUUGUGAUAGCUAGAGUAGCUAGUUCUUGGCAAAUGGCUCUAGCUGUUCUGUUGCUCCUGGGCUUGUUCUGGUCUCUGGUGUACUGCCAGACCUUUCCUUAUGUCUCCUUCAUGGGCCAGACUCUGGCCAACCAUGCCUAUGUGGACCUCAGUGAAGUGGGGAAUGAUCUUAGUGGUAGUGACAGUGUUCAGUGUAUCACUGACCUGAGCACAUGUUGUAGUAGUGCUCACGGUGCUCAUCGUGGAGACUGGUAUUUCCCUAAUGAAACUAGACUUCAUUUCUAUUGGAACAUUCGUGAGUCUCGUGGAGAUCAGAGUGUUUUCUUACGUCACCAACCUGACACUCCCAACUCACCAACUGGUAUCUAUCUCUGUGAUAUUCCAACUAUUGCUGUCUAUGAUGAUCGUGACAUCUCAGUGAGAGACACAAUCUAUGUGGGACUGUACACUGGCAGUGGAGGUAGUGUUUCAAUUGCUGGAGGUGUGACAUAUGAUUCUAACACACAAACCCUCACCUGUAUCUCCACUGGUGGACCUGCUACCACUGUCACUUGGACCAGAGACUCCACCACUGUCACCCAAGGAACCAAUACUGUGUUGAAUGACCCAGUGACUGCACAGUACACCCACACUCUGACAGUGACUACUGCAGGAGAGUACACGUGUACUGUGGCUAAUAACAAGCCAUCGUCUGCUUCAGCUAGCACUGUUGUAGGAGGUCCCCCAUCUCCCACUGAUGUGUCAGCAGUCCAGAGUGGACCCACUAGUAUCACAGUGACCUGGACACCUCCUGAUCCUCUUGAUGGUAUCACUGGCUACACCAUCUCCUACACUGGCAGUGGUAGUGAGGCUGUCAGAGGUGGAAACACUAUGAGUCACACUCUGACUGGUCUCACCAAUGGACAGACCUACACCAUAUCCAUUGUAGCCACAACCAAUGAGCUGAAUGGGCUAUCCAGUGCACCAGUACAGGUCACUGUUGGUUUAGUUCCAUCAGCUCCAGUCCUUGACUCAACUCCAACAGUCACUGCCACUACCGUCACCAUCACCGGUAGUGUUCCCAGUGGCUCAGUGGUGACUGACUAUGUGGUCCAGUGGCAGAGAGACAGCUCACUUGUCUGUCCUGAUCUUAAUGAUGAUGGUAGUAUCACUGAAACUAGCAGUAGUUUCACUGGCCAUACAAUAACUGGACUAGAGCCUGAUAAUAGGUACACCAUCACUGUGACAUUCUAUAAUGGAGCUGGUAGUGGUCCUAUCAGUAAUGCUGUUACUGCAAUGACUACUGCGACUGCUCCCAGUGGUGCUCUUGGUCCAAUCACUCUAGUUACAGUCACACCAAACAGUGCCACUGUCCAGUGGGGAGAGGUGCCUUGUCCCCAGAGAAAUGGAGAGAUCACGGAUUACACAGUUACUGUAACCAAUUCGGGUGGAAUGGAAGAAGGAACUGCUAUUGUUGAUGUGGACGCUAGACAAGCCACAAUCUCUGGACUGAAUACAUCCACACAAUAUACUGUGUCAGUAGCUGCAGUCAAUAGUGCUGGUACUGGACCUACCACUACCCUCGCUGUGGAAACUCUAGACCUUGUGGUGGGACUGGAGAGAACAUCCUACGCUGUCUCAGAACCAGAGGAAGCUGUUGAGAUCUGUAUCACUGCAGUAGGAGGCAGUACUCCAUGUCCCAUCACUCAGUCUUUUCAGGUCACCCUUUCAACCACUGAUGAAAGUGCAGUGAGCCCUUCAGACUAUGAAGCUGUGAGUGAAGUGUUGACAUUUGCUCCCUGUGACACCCAACAUUGUGUGAAUGUGAGCAUCAUAGAUGAUCUGGUGAACGAACCAAAGAGGAGGAGACAUUUUCCAUCAGUCUCAAUAAGAUAUCAUCAUUCGUAACUCUCAGUACAGCUGCUCGAGAGGUGCUCAUUACUGAUGAUGAUGGAAAGCCAGAAGAAGUCAGGUUCCUCCUGGUGGAUGCCACAGCUGUCAGGAUCUCCUGGAGUGGCAGUGUCCACCUCCCCACGUCCAUCAUCUACACUGUCUAUUGCUCCACGACCGUCGUUAAGAAAAAUGAGAGGGUUUACCCACCUGGAGUGACCUCAGCUGAUGUUGCGUUGGAAGAUGACAUCAUCCUCACUUGUACCUCUUACGUGCACAACUUUACGCUUUAUUAUGGUGAUGUCAUCCCUUCGCCAGGGAAUAACCCUUCAACAUUGACAACCUUUACUUUUGACAUAGACAAAGUGUACCUUCAGAUUCAGUUUGGGCCUUUUUACUACUGCCUCAGCUGGGAACUGACAGUUGGCCAGAUACACUACUGGACUCUGCUGCCAGGGAAGCUCUGGACUGGACCCCACACUACGACCUUCCAAAUAUGGUCGACAUCAUGAUCAGAGAUAUCGGGGGAAUUGUUGAAAAUGAGAAGAAGAGACAAAACUUGACUUAACACUAGAACUGAAACAGUGGCCUUUUGUAUUUUUGUAGUUGUUUAUGUUAUGAAGAUUACUGUACUGUUGUUGUUUCUGACAUUAUCUAUGGUAAUUCUCAUCCUCUUUUAUGUGGAUG